UUAAUUUUUAAAAAAGUAUCUUGAUUCAAGUAAAAAUAAUAAUAAUAAAAAAUAUGAAAUUAGACCUUAUAAAAUGGGCAAGUAGACCAUUUUUUGAUGCGAAGUGUUAUGUUUGCCACAUUUUUAUAAAAUUUUUGCAACCAAUCAUAUAUGGUAACUUGUUACUAGUUCUAAUUUGAAACUACCAGCAAAUGUGUUGUAUAAAUGUGAUAGAGUGUUGUAUAAAUGUUAUGGAUAUAAUAUUUCUCAAUUUUUUUCAGUCAAUCCACUUGGCUCAAAAAUCCAACUAAUUUCAAAUAUUUUAUUUUUUUAACUAAACACAUGUGGUAGCCUACAUGGGUGUUUAGGUGGCAUAAAAUUAAAUACUUUAAUAUCUUUGUUAGUCAAGCCAUUUGUAUUUUUUCAUUUAUCACUUAAUUUAAGGAUUAUUUUGACAUAAUACCAAAAUGUUGAAGAUUAAAAUCAUUAAAUAGAUACAUUUGAAAGAUUAGGAAUCAUUUCCUACAUUUGAAAUAUUAGGUGAUGAUGUCGAAAAUAAUACCACCAGUGAGUCACACGUUCCUCGUACGUCGCAAAUGGCACCUGCACAACGAAAAGGAAUAACCUAGCAGAGAGUACUGGUGUGGUACCGGUCAAACACCCUCCGAAUGUCAAGUUAGAACUAUUCUCACUGCUCUAGAAUGCUAGAGAGGGUAAAUUAUGCGUACCUUGGGUUGCAAGGGUGCUUAGGUUUUUAUAGUACUGAGGGUUACCCCUCUUUUCCUUGAAAUAGAAGUCUUUUCCUUAUAGGAGUCCUCUUGAACGUAUUUUAUGGGAUCUUUUCCUUAUAAGGAUCUCUUGAAUAUUAUCUAGCGUGGGAAGUAAGACAAUUCCUUAUACGUAGCGUGGGUAGCAAGUAAACCUAUGCUCGAUCCGUCAGCCUCAAUUUACUUCCUUCAGCUUUUUGGGCGUCAGUCUAGUAAUGCUGUCAGCCUUGGAGCCAGCUGACCCUAUGACCGUCAGCUAUAACACCGUCUGUUAUAUCCGGAGGAUUGCACUAAACCGUCAGUUUUAUGUUCCGUGUGGCUAGGCUCACCUUUUAUCCUCAUCAUUAGGAAUCAUUUCCUUUCAAAAAAAAUAUUAGGAGUCAUUUUGACAAACAAGUUAAUGACUAAAACAUAAUUUGCACCAAAUUGAUAAUAUAUUAAGUAUGCAUCAUCAGUGGCGACAUUUUGAAAAGACUUCCGUCACACUGAAUUUGUACACAUAUAUACAAACAAAUAUUCAUUAGAGAGUAGAGACACACACCGCACAUUCUUUCUUUCCUUUUUUUGAUAAUCAGAGACCACACAUUCUACUUUCACACAAAAAUCCUGUACUGGACAAAGAGGAAAAAACACACCUGCUACAAAUAUCCCAUUGAGAAAAUGACAGGCCCCAAAAGUUUGAGCAGAAUUAUAACUUUUAUCAUAACAUGUUCAUGUAACAAGUUGUAAAUGAUAAAAUUGUGGAUCAACCAUUUUUACUUUGCUACUCACGACUUGUUAUGUAAAUAAGUUGUAACAAAAGUUAUAGUACUAACUUUUUCUCAAAAAUUUAUACAAAUUUUUGCUCUAAUUCUCCACGAGUAGUUAAGUGUUGAGUAAUGAGUUGUAAGUAGGGGAGACGUGAAUAAGUUGUAAGGAAGGGAGACGUGAACUUGUAUGGACCCACCACUCACAUGUUGCAAUGCCGUGAGUUAUGAUAAAAAUCGGGUGAGUUUUUGUGGUCACCAAUCAGCAUUGCUCACAAAAAAUCUUUCAUUUCAAACUGUCGAAACAGUGGUAACACUACUUCACAGUGUCAACUUAACACCACUCUCCGGAUUCCUUCCUUUAACGCUCUGUAUAAUCCUAUCGUCUAUAUAUAUGUCCCAACUCUCACUCUUCUUAGCAACUCCUUCAACAAACACAAACGCCACUCUUUGCUUAUUAUAUCUACUGCAGUCUGCAACGCAACUGAGUGAGAAACAAAGAGUUUUUUUUAGUGUAUUUCACUCCUAUAAAUUAAGUCCCUUCUGAGAUUUAGCUUUGUUUUAGACAUACAUGGAUGUUUUAAGACAUUACUCUGAUCCUCAAUAUCUAAUGGGGUCUGAUAUUUGUUCCUGGGAGUUUGAGAGUGGCAGCGAUCGCAUUGUGAACUUGUCAGACGAGGAGGUCAUGUUGGCUUCCCAUAAUCCUAAAAAACGAGAUGGGAGAAAGAAGUUUAAGGAGACAAGACACCCAGUGUAUCGUGGAGUGAGGAGGAAGAACCCAUGGAAAUGGGUUUGUGAAAUGCGUGAGCCAAAUAAGAAGUCGAGAAUUUGGCUUGGGACUUUUCCCACAGCAGAAAUGGCCGCGCGUGCACAUGAUGUGGCAGCUAUCGCUCUCCGUGGCAAGUCCGGGUGUCUAAAUUUUGCUGACUCGGCAUGGCGGCUUCCGGUUCCAGCAUCGGCGGCAGCAAAGGAUAUUCAGAGGGCGGCAGCGGAGGCGGCUGAGGCAUUUCGGCCUGCGGAGUUGGAUAGAGUUUUUGGGGAUGAAUCGAGAUGGAAGUUUGAAAGUGCAGAGGCCGCAGCUGUGGUUGUGGCAGCCGCAGCAGUGGCUGCUACAGCAGCGGUAGCAGUGGCUGCUACAGAAGUAGUGGUGGAGAUGGAGGAGGAAGGUGUAUAUUUUAUGGAUGAGGAGGCGGUUUUUGGCAUGCCGGGGUUGUUGGCAAAUUUGGCAGAGGGGAUGUUGUUGCCUCCACCUCAUUGUUAUGAUGGAGAUGACAUGGGAACUGAUACUGACAUGUCCUUAUGGAGUUACUCAAUUUGAUUGAACCGAAUUAAGCUUAAUAGUAUUGAGCUUAAUUCAGCACUUUCUCAUAAAAAAGAAGCAGCUUAAUUUAGCAUAUAGAAUGGUUGCUUAUUGGGAAGAAUUGUUAUUCUUCAUUCUUAUUGUUUUUGAUUAAGUGCGGCCCAAUUCGUUGAGAGAGAGGGAGAGAAUUAUAGAUUAUUGUUGUAAUAAAUGGAGAGAGAACAAAAGUUUGUCAAAACAAAAGCCUGAAAGGAUAAAGUAAAAGGAAAAAGUCGAAGCCUGGAGUUUGUAAUCUCUGUUGUUUCAUUCAACAUCAUUCUUCCUGACUAA